AUGUUUUUUUUAUUUGGUGGUGUGCUUUUCAGCUUUGUGCCAGUGGAUUUUUCAAAGAUUCCAGCACCAACUAAUGCUACUCUAACGGGCUUCCAGACAUGGCAUGCUGAAAUUCAUAAUUUUGAUUUAGAAACAUGGUAUUCGAUGCUCUUUUUCACGGCUGUCCUAGGAAUAGUUCUUAGAGGAAAUUUCACUUCAGACAAUAAUAUUCUUCCAUGGUCCUUCCUUUAUAUAUUAUUAGCCGAAGGAACAACCAUUUUAUUAAAUUGGCCUUUUGAUGCCUUUUGGUUUAAAUUUCAAGGCCUUGCUAUUGAUUGGGCAUUUAUUAUCCAAUUUACAAGACUAUACAUUGCAACAAAACAAAAUUAUAGGGAGGGUUAUGCAAGUUUACCCCAACAUGUCUCUGAUGAUGAUGGAAGAGAAAGAGAAUCGGAAGAACAUGAUCGACCAAACCAUCUUCAUCAUCAUCAAAAAAAGGAUUGUCAUAGUAGUCAUGUGUUAUUAUUACCUUUAGCUGUGUUCUUCCAUAUAGCGGGAAAUGUUUUAAAUACCGUUUUUUCGAGUGAGGGAAUUGCUUAUGGCUUCACGUUUACUGCUUUUGCUUUCUUUGUUUAUUUGGAUACUCACUUGAAACCAAAUAAACCGAAAAAACCCAUUUUCGUACCUGAUCCCUCCACUCCUGCUGUUGUUUUGGUUACCACCGCUUCAUUAGCACUCUCGGCUCUGUGUCUUAGGCUUG